AUGAGUUAUCAACAAUCACAGGAGAUGUAUCACGACAAUUCUUCUGCGCGUUCCCCUGGCUCUCAGCGUCACCAGCAGCCUCUCCACCGUCAGCCCUCGCGACAAUUCGAUGCAUACGGCCCAAUGCCUGUCAAUCUGUACGAUGAUUCAAUGGCUCGCUACGACACCGGCCGUCUCGAGCGCUUGAAUCCGUCAUUGCACAAUAACUCUUAUGCUUAUGACCUUCCAGGUUCUCAGACUUGGAAUCCAAAUGGGUUUGCCAACGCGCAGACUCUGGGGGCCAUCCGUUCCGCCUCGGCCAGUCUGAAGACCACUUCUCGCACUGGUCGGGCGGGUUUGCCUACGACCUGGCUUGAUCAGCAGCCUGGUAUGCCCAGUCCCUUUUCGAAUCUCGGACCCGGACCUCUUCAAAGUGGUGCGGUGCGUUCCGAAACCACAGUUCCCUCGGAGGGAGAGGACGAGUUGAUUCCGACCGCGAUCGUUAUCAAGAACAUCCCUUUUGCUGUCAAGAAGGAGCAGUUGGUGCAAUUGAUGACUGAGCUGAACCUCCCGCUUCCUUACGCGUUCAACUAUCACUUUGACAAUGGCGUGUUCCGGGGUUUGGCCUUUGCCAAUUUCACCUCUGCUGAGGAAACCGCCACCGUUAUCGAGGUUCUCAACCACUUCGAGCUCCAAGGUCGGAAGUUGCGGGUGGAGUAUAAGAAGAUGCUCCCUCUCCAGGAGCGUGAGCGCAUCGAGCGGGAGAAGCGCGAACGUCGCGGUCAGCUGGAGGAACAGCACAGGCCCAUGGCUGCCUCGCAGCUUCAGACUCAGAGUUCCAUGUCGUCUCUCACGUCCCAUAUUCCUGCGACGUCUCCUUCUCCCGUUUCGCAGCGUGGCCAAAAGCUGGAGGUCGAUUUGAAUGACAGCACAACUCUCUCUUAUUACUCUCAGCUCCUUCUUUUCAAGGAAGACCCCAGUCGCGAUUCCGUGCUCUUCCCGUCCACUCUCAGCCCUAUCCAGCGCCGUACAGUACACACUCUUGCACACAACAUGGGACUUGGUCAUGCUUCCCGUGGUACUGGCGAACAGCGGCAGGGGCAGGUUUUUAAAGUCGCACCCGGCUCUAACGUCAGUCCGCCUCUAACCUCCAUCCCGACUGCGGUUCAGCCAGCCGAUACCGCUCGUCGUGGACUGAAUCGCGCAGCUACCAUUGACUUCAGCGAGGCCAGGAACGAGGGAGGACCUGGUCCUUUUAACAAUCUUCGUGGACAGACUUCCGGCUUCCUUGGCGUUCUUGAUUCGCCUGGCAACUACGGAAAUACCCAGAAUCUCCGCGCGGCCAAGUCAUUUGCCGAUCUUCGCUCGUAUACUCCUUCUCCCGUGCCUUCUUCCGCAAGCUUCCCGGCAGCCUUGCAAUCCAAUGGCGCACGUUUACAGCAUUAUGAGGCUGUGACCAGCGGCGCGUCGAACACCCCCACCUUGACUUCAGCCCCGUCUGGCUCCUCCCUUGGUGUGCAACGGGACGACAAUAUUUUGGUGAACAGUCUGAGCAGCCUGUCCCUUGGCACUGGAAUCGGAGGGCCGAAUGCGAGCCCCAGGAGAUUGAGGGGUAUGUUCUCUUGGGAUCAGCCGGAAAGUCAGCCUUCCAGCGCUGGUCCCAUUGGUAGUAACCGAUCCAUCGGACUUGGAUUUGACGGUCAGUCACAGGAGCGCAUGCCCAUUAGGCAGCCUAGAGGCCCAAUGCCUGAAAAAGGCUCGGGAUUCCGCCGAUCGAACGGACAUCAAUCGCGUGGAAGUGAUGAAUUGCGCACCAAUUCGGGAGUGGAGAUUAUUGUGGAGUAA